AUGUUGAAAAGUGUCAUUUCAAAAAGAACUCUAGCUACCGCUGCUGCCACCGCUACAAAGCCACCAAAGAUGAAAAGCUUUAAAAUUUACAGAUGGAACCCAGAUACUCCAGCUGUUAAGCCAAAAAUGCAAGAAUUCCAAGUCGAUUUAAACGAUUGUGGGCCUAUGGUUUUAGAUGCUUUAUUAAAAAUUAAGAAUGAGCAAGAUCACACUUUGACUUUCAGGAGAUCCUGUAGAGAAGGUAUCUGUGGUUCUUGUGCCAUGAACAUUGGUGGUAGAAACACUUUGGCUUGUUUAUGUAAAAUUGACAAAAACGUUAACAAAACUGUAAAGAUCUAUCCAUUGCCACAUAUGCACAUUGUUAAGGAUUUAGUUCCAGAUUUAACUCAAUUUUACAAACAGUACAAGAGUAUUCAUCCAUAUUUACAUAGAGCCAAGUUUCCAGCAGAUGGUAAAGAAAUUUUACAAUCUGUUGAGGACCGUAAGAAGUUGGAUGGUUUAUACGAAUGUAUUUUGUGUGCUUGUUGUUCCACUUCUUGUCCAUCAUACUGGUGGAACAGUGAAGAGUACUUAGGCCCAGCUGUUUUAAUGCAAGCUUACAGAUGGAUGGUUGAUACCAGAGAUGAAGCAUUCGCUUCUAGAAAGGAAGAGUUGCAAAACUCUAUGUCUGUUUACAGAUGCCAUACUAUUUUGAACUGUACUAGAACUUGUCCAAAAGGUUUGAAUCCAGGUAAAGCCAUUGCUGAAAUCAAAAAGUUCUUGGCCGUUGACUGA